UUGGUCCGUUUUAUUUCGGCACGUGAACGUGUGUGAUGAGUAAAUUUGUCUGACAUUAUUAUUAUUGUGGUGAUUCAAGUCGGAUGGCUGCAUGGAACGCGAGCAUAUAAUACAUUUAUUGGCUGGAGGGACAGCGGGAACAGUUGGAGCAAUAUUGACUUGUCCACUAGAAGUUGUCAAGACUCGAUUACAGUCCUCAAUAGCAACUUUCGGACCAUCAUUUGUUACAGAUGUACGGGUAUUAUCAGCAUCAGCUGCCAGUCAAUCAUCAUGUGGCAAUAUCGCUUUGAACAAUGUCGAACAUUAUUCUUCAGGUGGCAAAGGACGGGUGUCUCUUGGUAUAAUCUUAUGUCUCAGACAUAUUUUUGUAACAGAGGGAGCUAAAGGUUUAUUCAAAGGUUUGGGACCUAAUCUAGUCGGCGUUGCUCCGUCCAGAGCUAUCUAUUUCUUCACAUAUGCCAACACCAAGCAAUUUUUGAAUGAGAGAUUAAAUCCUGAUACUGCCUGUAUUCAUAUGUCUUCAGCCAUCACUGCAGGUUUUAUAGCUUCGACAUUAACAAAUCCAAUAUGGUUUGUCAAAACUCGUCUUCAGUUAGAUCAGAAAAGAGAAUCAAAUUUAAAAUGUAGUGAUUGUGUUCGACAAGUUUAUAAUCGAAGUGGACUAUUGGGGUUUUAUAAGGGCAUAAGUGCAUCAUAUUUUGGAAUCACUGAAACUGUUAUUCAUUUUGUGAUUUAUGAACAUCUAAAAGAAAAACUAAUUGAAGCUAGUCACAAAAAUGAUAAAGAUGGCAUAGAUUUCUUAAAGUGUAUGGUGGCAGCUGCUACAUCAAAAUCUGUUGCUACAACGAUAGCUUAUCCUCAUGAGGUUGUGAGAACCAGGUUAAGAGAAGAAGGAAAUAAAUAUAAAUCAUUCCUGCAAACAUUUUUACUUGUGUUUCGAGAGGAAGGUGCUUCAGGGCUUUAUCGUGGUCUUGCUACUCAGUUUGUUCGUCAAAUUCCAAACAGUGCUAUAAUGAUGGCUACUUACGAAUUUGUUGUGUAUUUAUUAUCAGAUGACCACUGACCUUAGAUUCGAUUUAUAAAUCUGAAAAACUGUAUAAAAAGUAGUCUGCCCUGAAAAAAUAUUCAGUAUCUGCCAAUUGUGAAAAUUUCUGAUUGUAUAUUUUUGUGUAAUAGUAUCUAAUACUUAAUGUAGUGUAAAAGUGUUUUUCAUCUCGUAGAUCUGUUCGGUACCAUAAUUUUCUAAAUUAUUUCAAUUCAUCAUCUUUACUGAUAAGUCUAUCAAUUGACUAAACCUGUUGUUUAGAUGGCAUUUAGUAAUGACAAACAUAAAAUAAAGAUAUGUGUAACUAUAUAUAAUAACAGUUACUUAGCUGUAGUGACGUUUCAACUAGGCUUCUCUAGUCUUCAUCAUUGCAUGAUAAAACCCAGUUAUCUUUAUUUUAUGACGGAAACAUAUUGUUAAAUGGCUUGUUUUCAGUCUUAUUGUAUAAUUUAACCUUAAUUUUCUUAAUCUAUUUAUAGUGCUAAAACGCUAUCACAAUAUGGAUAAGGAAGUGUAACCAUACGAGUGUUAAAAAUAUUUAAUCUUUUUGUUAAUCUCAAUUGAAUUUAUGAAAUAUUUAUGGGAUUGAUAUUAUUGUUGGGCAUUUUAAAUGUGAUAUAUUUAACAGUUCUGUGAUUCUUUUUGGUUUGAAAGUUAUUUUUGUUUUGAAAGUUAUGAAACUAAUUGUGUACAUAAAAGUACUGUUAAAUUUCGCUCGAAAUGAUUUCAUGGUACUUUUAUGGGGGCAUCAAUGAAAUUGAUGGUUUUUCACCGUGCUGACAUUUAAUUCUUUAAGCAUUCUAAUAUACCAUUAGCAAUUUGUAGGAAUCUAAUAAUUUUAAAUUCAUGGGCUUAGUUAUUGGGAAAUCAUAUUCUAAAAUUUUACUAAUUUGUAGCCUGAUGUUAUACCAAAGAGUAAUUUCAUAUUUGACUGUGGACUUGAUUUGAUUAUAAUUAUUUUGAUUGAUUGUUUAUUUAGAUGAUUUGUUGAUUGAACGUUGUUUUUUUUUAUGUAAGAAAUUCAUUGUUUUUUUUAUGUAAGAAAUUCAUCAUUUGUUUUUAUAUAAGGAGUUCAUUUUAAAAAAUUAAACUUAUGCUGGUUGUAGACAAUAUGACAUUACAGACAUGCUAGGAUUUUGGGUUCCUUCUUUACUGAUCAGGGGUUACUCUCUAAAAUCAGAUUUCAAAACAUCUUUAAAAAAAUUUAUGCAGAUAAAUAAAAUGGUAAUUGUGCCAGUGAAUGUAGAAUAAAAUUGUGGUAUUCAGAAUAACCUAUAGUGUAAUUGCCUGAAUUUCACCAGAAAACAAAACAAAUCCCUGGAAUCUCGUAUGAAUGUCCUCAACAAAAAAAAUUGUUAAGAAUACUUCUGUAUUCAUAUAUGUUAUCAAUUGAAGUGACUUGACAGUAAAUAUUAAAAUAUGAAAACCAAUUUUGUCUAUAAUUACACAAUCAUAACUAAAAAUGAGACAUUUUCUUUUUAUUGUGGUCCUUAAAAGACAAAAUGAACUUUGAUUGACAGUGUAUUUGUAAAUAGUUCAUUGUAUAUAUCAUCCAUCCACAUAUACUAUAUGUACAUAGAUAUUUUUAUAAAUGUACAGCUUUUGAUGUUUAAAAUGUCAUAAUUGUUAUAAAUAAAGUGUGAAUAUUAGGCAAACUUCAUAAUACUUAGAGUGGAUUUGUGGACAGGUUGCUGUUUUCAUUUUCUUUUUAUCAUUACUUGGGUAAAUACAUAUUACAGUGGUACAUAUUAAUACAACCUUGACAACACAUUUUAAAAACUCAAUACUGAAUUUAUGUAAGUCUUGUUCACUUUUUCCAGAAAAGAGAAACUUAAGGAUAAAAUUAAUUUUAAUUUCUGGAUAUAAUUCCAAAUCAAAAUUGAUUUUAAAUUCUGACUAUAAUGGUAAAUUUUCUGGGUUUUUGAAACAGUGUAAGUAUGUGAUGCUGGUGAUAUUUGAUACUUAAGGAGUAAAAUCUCUUUGAUUUAGGUAGUUGUUGAAUUCGAUUUAUCUGAUUUGUUAUUACGAUUUGGGGCAAACCCUACAGUAAGAAAAUAUGCUGUGAUCUGUUGACACAGAACAUUAACUUUCUAUAGUAUAAUUAGCCAAAUUUUUAAGAACUGAUAAAUCAAAUUAACCAAAUCAACCCUUUUCCACCUAAUCAGAGGUCAUGUUCUGGAAGCUAUUAUUAAAUUAAUGACAUAUAAAUAAUUUUGAGUGGAAAAGGUGAGUGAAAAAUCUCUUUAAUUAUUAUGGUGUCUGUAUUCUACCAUACAAAUAAAGUUAUCUGAAAAUA